GGCUCAAGAAAGAGAUAUAUGGCAUUGGCUUCCCUACAUACAACGUCCAUUUUUUGGUAAAUAACUUCCAACUUCCAUUACAGGGACCAACUUUCAUUUCGCUCUCUCUCUCUGUCUACAAUAAACUCGGAGAUCCACACGUUCCUUUCAACUAUGAUGUCCUCCAACAGAUUCAAUUUCAUGAGACGAGUUCUGGGUGUGUUUCAGUGUCGAGGAAGAGGAGGAGAGAGAGAGAUUAGGGUUGUGAUGGAGAGCACAUUGAGGAAUGGUGAAUCGGUGGCUGACAUGGAAGAUAAAUCUGGUGUUGGUGGUGGUGUUCUGGACGCGUAUGGUGAGGAUAGUGCCACGGAGGACCAGCUCGUCACCCCCUGGACUGUCACUAUCGCUAGUGGCUAUACUUUGUUGCGCGAUCCUCACCACAACAAAGGGCUUGCCUUCUCCGAGAAAGAGAGGGAUGCCCACUACAUACGCGGCCUACUACCCCCAUCAAUUUUAACUCAAGAGCUUCAGGAGAAGAAAGUGAUGCAAAAUCUACGCAGUUAUGAUGUUCCACUGCAUAGAUAUGUUGCCAUGAUGGAUCUUCAGGAGAGAAAUGAACGGCUAUUUUUCAAGCUUCUCAUUGAUAAUGUCGAAGAACUGCUCCCAAUUGUGUACACCCCAGUAGUUGGUGAGGCUUGCCAGAAAUACGGGAACGUUUUCAGGCGUCCUCAGGGUCUUUUCAUCAGUUUGAAAGAGAAAGGGAGGAUUCUUGAAGUGCUGAAAAACUGGCCCGAGAAAAAUAUUCAAGUUAUCGUUGUAACUGAUGGUGAGAGAAUUUUAGGACUUGGGGAUCUCGGAUGCCAGGGAAUGGGGAUCCCUGUUGGUAAACUCUCUCUCUAUACAGCACUUGGAGGAGUCCGUCCUUCAGCAUGCUUGCCUAUAACCCUUGAUGUUGGCACGAACAAUCAGAAGUUGCUGGACAAUGAGUUUUAUAUUGGGCUCAGGCAAAAGAGGGCAAGAGGGCAGGAAUAUUACGAUUUUCUGCACGAGUUCAUGUGUGCAGUUAAGCAGAACUAUGGGGAAAAAAUCCUCAUACAGUUUGAAGAUUUUGCAAACCACAGUGCAUUUGAGCUUCUGGCAAAAUAUCGCACAACCCAUCUGGUCUUUAAUGAUGACAUACAGGGUACAGCAGUGGUGGUGCUAGCAGGGGUUGUUUCAGCUCUGAAAUUAGUUGGUGGAACCUUAGCUGACCAUACAUUCUUGUUCUUGGGUGCUGGAGAGGCUGGAACUGGUAUAGCGGAGCUUAUAGCUCUCGAGAUAUCGAAAAAGACAAACACUCCAGUAGAGGAGACACGCAAAAAGAUUUGGCUAGUGGAUUCAAAGGGACUGGUAGUCAGCUCUCGUGUGGAGUCUCUUCAACACUUCAAGCAACCUUGGGCUCAUGACCAUGAACCUGUUAAGGAACUCUUAGAUGCUGUAAAGGCAAUCAAGCCGACAGUGUUGAUAGGAACGUCUGGAGUUGGGAAAACAUUUACAAAGGAGGUCAUCGAGGCCAUGGCAUCGUUCAACAAGAAACCUGUUAUUCUUGCUCUGUCCAACCCAACAUCACAGUCUGAGUGCACAGCUGAAGAAGCUUAUACAUGGAGCGAGGGUCGUGCAAUUUUUGCUAGUGGAAGCCCAUUUGACCCCGUUGAAUAUAAUGGAAAAGUUUUUGUGCCCGGGCAGUCAAACAAUGCAUACAUUUUCCCUGGAUUGGGUUUGGGCUUGAUCAUGUCCGGUACAAUUCGCGUGCACGAAGAUAUGCUUUUAGCAGCCUCGGAAGCGUUGGCAGCUCAAGUGACCGAGGAGAACUAUGAAAAGGGACUAAUCUUCCCACCCUUCACCAGUAUCAGAAAUAUAUCAGCUCAGAUUGCUGCUAAUGUAGCAGCCAAGUCAUAUGAACUAGGUCUGGCUACUCAUCUCCCUCGCCCCAGGAAUCUUAUCAAGUUUGCAGAGAGUUGCAUGUACAGCCCAAUCUACCGCAACUACCUCUAAGUUAGGGCAUAUGCACCGUGCUGUUCUUUAAUCUGUCGUUGGCUUGUAGCUUUCUCCGAUGGUAAAGUAGAUGUUUGUUUGCCGCCCGUGUGGCCAUUCUUUCCACUUGUCUUUCUCACUGCCAAACAGAAUCAAUUGUAGUAGAUUAGGGGAUACUGGUCUUGAUAUCAGAUCUCAUGAUGAUUGUAUUCAUUUUUUAUAGAUCAAAUUAUAAGAUGUUGUCAUUGUUAUAAUGUCUUACAUUCAUAUUUAUGGAAGAAAUUUAAUUGUUGUUACUGUCCAA